AAAAAAGGCAAUCAGUGCAAAGACUUAUAAACAACUGUAAAUUUAUCACUCAUCAUAAUUGAUCCAUUCACUAGACGAAUCAUAUCGAUGCCACACAAUUUUUCGGCCCAUUUUGUUUUUUUUCAUUUUUUUUCCUACAAAAGAAAAAAUUCAUUAAUCAAUCCACAUCAUCAAAGUCCAACUCUUCCCGCCGCUUCACUUACAGUUCCCAAACCCUCCAAAAACCCUUAGCUCCGCCACACUCCGUCAUUUACGGCGGCGUAAUCCUUCAUUUAUCUCUUCUCACUCCUUUGCUCCGCUCUAUAAUGGCGGCCACCACGGCGGCGUCUGAAACUUCCGAGGGUCCCGUCCUGAGCGUGAUCAACAAGCGCCUCCGUGCCCUCCGCAAAAAACACAACCGCAUUCUCCAAAUGGAGAACUCUGUAGCUACCGGAAAAACACUCAACAAAGAACAAGAAGAAACUCUCCGUUCAAAGUCCUCUAUCAUCGCUGUUAUCGACGAGCUCGAAAAGCUCCGUCAACCACUCGCCACCGCGGUAAAUGAAAAAGUCAAUGAAAAACUAGCUGUAAAAGACGAUAACAAUUGUGUUAAGGAUUUGGUUAGCGUUAUUUAUUUUGGUAACAUGUUUAAAACUGGCUUGGUUUCAAUUAUGUUGGAAAAGGCGAUGCACGAAAGAGCGUGUUGUUUGAAUUAUGAUUGUAUGCCGGAAGCAGAAGACGAGUCAAUCGACGCUAUGAAUGAUUUGUUGUCCGAGAAGGACUUGGAUUUGAUCUCCAUGUUUACUGAGCUACUCAUUUGUCGUCCUGUUAACUCUACAUUGUCUCAUAAGGACGCUCUUUGGAGUUGUGUUGAGCAUGCUAAGCUUUGGAUAAUGAAUUCUGAUAAACAGAUUGUGCCGGAAUCAAAUGCUACUUAUGCUGGUUUGAGAUCCAAGUUGAACAAGAUCAUGUCUUCAUUGUAUUUUACCACAGAACCUGUUUUUAGAGUGGAACAAGCUAUUGCAGAGCACGAGUCUUAUCCGGUGCCAGUAGAAGAGAUGGUUGUGCCUGUCAAUGCAACCAUGCAGGUGGAGAGUCCAGUUGUGCGACAUCAAGAGAAGGAAGAGGAACAUGCAAAUUCUCAAGCUGACAAAUCUAAUGGAAUUCAUGAUAGCUCUGCAAAAGAACUCCACCUGGAGGACUUGUCCGAGCAACAUGCUGAACCAGAAGAAGUUGGACAUGAGGGAGUUGUUGAGGAUCUGAAGGAUGCAAUUUUUGAUAAUCAGCAAUCGGUUCCCUGGAAGUCCCAUCAGAACUACAGGGGUAAUCGUGGUGGUGGUGGGCGUGGCCGUCGUGGAUACUCCAAUGGCCAUGGAGGUCGUGGUAGAGGACGGUUUUACUAUGAUGACCACAGCUACUUUGAUCAACCUGGUAAUUACUACCCCAGGAAUUAUCCUAAUUAUCGGGGAAGGGGUGGCAGGGGUAGCCGUGGUGGUGAGAAUUAUAGCCACUAUGCUUCAGGCCAUCAAGCUGGCAAUGUGUCGGCUGUUUCAUGAUUGUUUAGGUGAGCAUAUGCUAUACCGCUUUUGUUAGGGAGGUGAUGAAGCAAUUCCCAGGGAACCUGAAGCUCUAAAUGUGUUUUAACUGUUUUGCUUUUGUACUUCCUGUUUUAUAGCUGUGUAUGAACUUAAAGAAGUCUUAGAGCGGAUCAUUAAAAAAAGGUUAAGAGUAGUGUUUUUUGAAUUCUACAACUUGCAGAUCAAUUUUGAGUCUUAGGUGCUACUAGUUUGAUCUCAGGUGAAAUUGUACUAUGUCUGCUAUGGACACAAUAGGGCUGAGUUAGUAAGAGCUACCCUUGCUAUUAUGCAAAUGUGCUUUUAAGGCUUGUA